AUAUAAAUACACAAAUAAAACGACACGACGGAUACAUAAGUUGUCACUAGGGCUAAAAAAAGCAGACGGAAACUAAAGAAAUGAGUACAUACAUUAUGUCAAACUUGGCAUCGUACGACAAUCGACAGAGUUCCUUAAUUGAGUUUAUUAAGGAUUUUGUUAUCGGUACACGUCAAUGGAUUUCCCAAACGAAUGUAUGUAGAUAUAGAGACAAAUUGAUACUGGUGGACUUGUACACCAAUUUGUAAUUCUUGUGCUCUGAACAAGUCAUAACUUGAUCUGUUAAUGAAGCUACAACAUACUUGUAGGAAUAACGUUGAGUCAGAUAACCUAGCUUAUCAGGCGAUGGCGAUAACGAAACAAACAAUAUAUUUAUAAGCCGACUUGGCACGUGUGCAUACAUUAUAAGCCAAUAUUUUCCUGACGCUAAAGUAAAAUGCAGCUGAUUGCAAUUUUGUCCUUUUUUGUGAUUUCUGCAUGCCUUCCGGAUUCGCAAGGUGAGUUUGCAGAUUUUGAAAAUCUACAAAGCUCCACGAACGAACCCACCUCGGAAUUUACUGAUGAGCCUACGACGGAAGAUCCCUGUACUCCAACUGGAUCAACGGACUGGCUGACGUCGUCUACGACCCGUUGGGAUGAAGGAGACAUUGCGAAUAAUUUUGGGACGCAAUGUGGUGAAACUCUGACUGGAUCUGAGGGGACAAUUUCGUACAAAAGCGAGGAAUUUUUUGACACAUACGAAAGAUGUUUAUGGAUCGUUCGAGCUCACGGCAAGAGAGAGAUUGCGUUUAACUUAUCCAACCAUUCCCUCGGAACGGAGGGGGUCGUUCAUAUAGCGACGUUUUGGAAACAUACGCCACCAUAUUUUCGAACGUAUAUUUUGAAACCCGGAACUACAAACGUUACGAUGUUCGGAAACGUUGCCGUCGUAAUGUUCGCUUCCACUAGUGCAAACGGAAAUGGAAAGGGUUUUAUGUUAGAUUGGAUCGGAAUGGGAGAUUCAGCCGACGUUUCGGAUCUUUCCCGGGAUUAUAUUUCUUCCGCAGAUUGGGAAAUUAAUGGUGGGGGGAAUGUGACACAUCCUGACAACUUGCCAUGUGAGAUGUACAAUGACGACGAGCUGUCCGUCUUUGUCGUCGCCACGCCAGACUUUAAGUUCGUUCGAGAUCGUUUUGUGAGAUACAAGUGGCAAUCGUACGGGAUGGAUAAUUGUUACGAUUGGGUGUGGGCGUACGACUUUAACUAUUUUCAAGGGUGGAGAGCUAGGGUGAGGUACUGUGACCUUGAAGGAAUUGAUGGGGAGUUUGUCUUUGGCGAAAAUGUGUUGUACGUGUUCUCCUCCAAUUAUGUCCGGGUUGGGGGUGGAUUUUCACUCUCGUGGCAACUUCCAGCGGAGAAUGGGGAUAUGUCCAAAUCUGAAAAUUUGUAGUAAAAAAUAUGUAACUUAAAAAUAAAAUUGAUGGAAAAAAUA